GAACGGGAGCUCCAUCUGCUGUUGUGCACGGAAGGGAGGCCCUUUCAGUUGUAGCGUACCCGGGCAACUGCCCAGCUGAACAAUGCAACCCCUGACAGAUUGGCAGGAGCUGCAAAGAAAUUGCUGUCUGGUAACUGGCACAUGUGGCAGCGGUCUGAUCAUUCCCCUUCAGCCUGAGAGGCGAAUCCCAGCCCAGCUCAGCGAGAGAUCUGCCUGAGAGACGGGGCGGGAGGAGGCUGAAGGUCGAGCCCCCGAAGGAGGAUAAAAUAGCCCUGUCUCCGACGAACUGGACCAUGAGCAAUGAUUUGCCUGCAUGGAAAUACAUAACUGAGAACGCAACGGCUAUUCCCAAAGAUCCGAGUGUCCAAGAUGGCUAUGUCCUACUUCUUGUCCUCGUGUCUGUGUUCAUUGGUGGGACUUUAGUCCUACUCUCUGGUAUUUUGAUUAUCUGCAGAAGAUGCUGUGAAACUGAUCGAAGGUAUUCAAGGGCUAAUGAUGAUCCCGAGAAAACAAACACAACAUACCUUGAAGAAUCUCAGCCGACACAAGAAAUCACAAUCAAAAUUGAUGAUUCCGAGUGUUUGUCAAUGGGCAGUUGUCAUGACCUGGAAGCGGAGCGAUUUCUUUCCACCUGUUCCACUGGUCGCAGAGUUUCAUUUAAUGAAGCAUCGUUAUUUGAUCACGGGAAGAAAACACAGGAAAAAGGACGGAGGUACACUCUGACGGAAGGGGAUUUUCACCAUUUAAAGAAUGCUCGAUUAACUACUUUGCACAUCUCACCUCCUUCACUGAAAAUAGUAACAAUUCACGAGUGUGAAUCAAGUGAGAACAAUAGCUUGGCAAUGACUACCCAAGCUCCAUCGUCCUCCAAAACCAACCUUUCCAUUUUCCAGUCCAUCAUAAAUCCACUGCCACAAACAGCUCUGACAAGCCACUCAGUUAACCCCAGCUCAGCCUUGCCUGGGGAUACAUUCAAUUCAUCAGUUAAUACUACCUUUGUUGACGCAAAUGUUCCUACACCUGCUGAUUCUGGAGAAAGUAGUGUGAUUGAAGGUCUGGCUGGGAAUACCAAAGGUGGCGGCAACAGCAAUGCCGUCGAAGCUGUGACAGCUCCCAGCCAAGGCACCGUUCUCCAGUUCUUCACAAAGCUGCGGAGAAAUACUAGCUUAGAAUCAGCAAGCCCCUACUUCAAGAUCAAGAAGUGGAAAUUUGAAACCAGCCAGCGAGCACUGAGCCUUGACACGAGAGGGUCUCCAAAGAGACACCAGUUUCAUCGACAACGUGCUGCCAGUGAGAGCAUGGAACAUGAAGAUCAGGACCCCCACCAGACUGAUAUUAUCCAGUACAUUGCCCACACAGAUGACGUCACUUUUGGAACCCCUUCAACUCCAUUUACACAACCUCCCUCUAGUCCACCUCCAUCAGCUGGCAGGUUAGAUGCGGCAGAGAAUCUGCCGAACGGGAGUGAGAGUGCUGAAAGGAGGGAGAGCUCAGAUCAGCAGAGGAUCUGCCGAGAUAUCUGGAACCUUCGAGCUUCUCUCGAACUUUACAUAUCAUCAGACCAGAGCAGCAAUGAUAAGGACUCGGUGCGAAGUGAUGCAGAGAGCGUGUGCUCGGCGGGUGGCCUGCCCAGCACCUUAUCCCAGGACACGGUUGAUGAAGCGGAUGAUCUUGAAGAGGUCACAGUCAGCAAGCGGCUGAAGCAGGACAGUGUGGAAUCCGAGCGAGGCAGCGACACUGAGACCAGCACCAGGAAGUUGCUGCAGAUGGACAGUGGUUACGCCUCUAUAGAGGCCCCCAGCAGACUACUGGAAGACAGAAUUCUGAAGGCGGACACUGAAAACGGGGCGCAGGACAAAACUGCAUCAGAGAAGAGAAGGUUUUUCACAAGUUCUGGCCGCAAAGGGACCGUCUUUGAAAGCUAUGAUGUAAAAACCUUAAGUGAAGAGAUAGAGGAAGAAGGAGCAGUGGGGGGUGAACCAGGAAGUCCUAUUGACUGGUCACCCUAUGGCCAAAUGUUUGUCACUAGAGACUAUUUGCACAGACGGGAUUACAGUAUUGAUGAGAAAUCCGAUGCCUUAUUCAAUGAAUUUCUCCGACAUGAUCCUCAGUUUGAUGAUUCCCCACUGAAGUCGAAGCACCGGACUCGGAUCCAUCUCCGCAAGCAAUGGCAAAGGACCAAGCAAUACAGUGACCCAGGAAUCCGCUAUCCGCCUGCACUGGAACGCCACCGUACCCCUCUCCGGAGAGGGGACAGUGUGAAUUAUCCACUUGAUCAUCGAUACCAGAGCACCUUACCACGCAUUAUCAGCGCCACUGAUGAAGAGCCAAGUGAUAGCGGCCAGGAACCCAUCAAAUCACCCACGUCUAAACACCCAGAGGCGGAAUCCUUAGGCCAAGGAGCGACCGGUGUUGCCAUCGAAGAAAGAAUCCAAAUCAUUGAGGAAGAAACAGCUGAACAAGGAGGUGCCAUUGACCAAACUGAACAACCAGACCAAACAGACUUCCCGCAGUCGACAGGCCAAAUCAGUGGCUUCACAGAGACAAACAGACCCACGGACUUUGCGUAUGGACCUCAAAUGAUAGGGGCCGAUCCCAUAGACAAAUUAACGACUAGCAUUGAAGACAGGCUGUAUACGAAUCUCAAGAAAUCGAAGGAGAGUGUUGAUUGUGUAGUAGUAACUGUCACACAUGCUUCACCAGACCACAGCCCUGUUUAACCUACUUUUUUUGUGGAAGAAGUGAUUCUCAAUUUAAUUUCGUAAAAUUCUGUCAUUGAUGCUAGUCUUAGACACUCCAGAGAAACACACACAGAAUGUUUGCUGCUAUGAUACACGACAUGCUUCAUUUUGUUUUCCAUUAUAGAAUGAUUAAAUGUCUUUGGAGCUUUAAUCCCUUGUAUGUAUACAUGUUUUAUUAGAAGAAUAGCUUGUUUUUUAAAAAAAGAAUAGUACUGGUGACCUGGGGAAAGUUUUAGAGUCAGAUUGUUUAGCUGUUAUUUUGUUUCUGUAUUUCCAAAAUACCCUUUAGUGUUUUUAAUAUUGAAGAGGAAAAAAACAAAAUCAAUACUAGAUGAAUAGCAUUGUACACCAAAAGCUUCCUGUUCCGAGAGUUGGCUGCAUUGCUGAGUCUGCAUGCAUACUUUUUAUUCUGAAGAAUAUCAUUAAAAAUUCCUCCACAAUUACAAUUCUACAUCAUAACAUGAUCAUCAGUGCAAGUAACUUAGAUUUUUGAAGCCUAUUCCAAUUUUUUAGAAAAUUUAAUUUUGUCCCCUAGACUUUCAAUUUCUGUGAAGUUGUUAUAAUCAUCGUUUUUGUGUCAUGGUUUGUGAAUUAGCAAGCUCAUUCCUAAAAGCAUUAAACAAUAUGUGCACAUUUCCUCAAAAUGUAGAAAUGUCUGUUGUAGUUUAAUUGUUAAACACAAACAGUGCUAUUUUGUAUUUAAAUAUGGGCUAGGCGCAAUAAAUGGACAUUUUUUCCUUAUUUUAAUCUAAUUAUUUCAGAUAUCUUAUUUCCAAAGGCUUAUACUAGAUUGGUUCACCACCAAUCUCUUUGCACUGAAAAUUCAGACAUGGUGGUUAAUACAUAUGCCAGUAACUAGGUAUCUAUGUUAUGUCUUUAUGCCAUUUACAGGUUUGACUAAUAAUAUAAAAUAGUUUUAUAAAAUAUGUAUGUGGUAUUAAUAGUCAAAGAAAUUAUUACAAAGACAUUUUUCCUGUUUCUAUUUUUUUGUUUAACUUAAUUGUAAAA